GACACACACACACACACCCUGGUUUACUUUCACUUCUUCACUUUUCAUCUCCUGGAUCUAAUUAAAGUGGACGAGCAGCACCUGCUCACCCAUCACACAGAGUCUCACCAACACACAGAAUGAAAAGCAUCAAAGCAGAUGUAAUAGUGGUGGUGCUCGUCUCUCUCUCGCUGCUUGUUCUGAAACGUGCGGCCUCGGGUGUAUCAACACAAAGUCGUGUGACCUUUCACACCACUGCCAAUAAUAAUACACUGAUUUGUCAUGAUGACUUUAUGUCUGUUUACAUCCCAAAAGAACAAUUUGUCAGUCUUCCAUCCACCAUUUUUGUUAAAGAUGAUGGCCGUGGAUACCAUCAAGCUACAGCUAUUGCAAAGCUUUGCCGCUACUUCCUCAAGGAAACUCGCUCUUUUAUCAUCUUAACAGUUGCUUCCUCCGGGUGUUUUGUCAAAACCCAAAAAUUUGGGAGAAGUCUUGCAGUAGCCAUUGUGGCACCUGUGGAAAAUGGCCCACCUAAAAUCAUUCAGACAAUAAACCUGAUCUGUAAAAGAGAACAGACCUCAUCAAACCUCCCACAAGAGUCGAGGCAGGUUUUCUGCACCAAGAAUGGGUUCAACAUCACCAUCCCCAGGGACGCCACGGUCCCACCGCUCGACCUGAACACGGUCUGGAUCACGUACAACCAAAACCAACGCUGUCUCCCUCAAAAAAGAUCCAACCAGGCUGUCAUCUUCAGCUUUUCUUUCUCUGAAUGUGGGACCCAGUCGAUGAUUACAGGUGGGAAUAUAACCUACUGGGUCGACAUUAAGGCCAAACAUGCUCAGACAGGGGUCAUAUUUCGGGAAACUCCAUUCCAUCUGAAUGUACGAUGUAGCUUUGCUCUGACUCAAAUGACUCAGCUGAGCUUCCGAGUUCAGCAAAGGGAGUCUGAUCCCUCACUUGCGCUGAAAAGUAAAGGGACACUGAGGACUGCAAUGAGGUUUGCUAAAGAGUCCUCUUACAGAUCAUUUUAUUCCUCUAGCAACCCUCCAGCAGUAACUGAGCUAGGCCAGCCAGUGUAUGUGGAGGUGUUUGUGGUGAAACAUGAAGAUGAGGACUUGGUGUUGCUACUGUGGGACUGCUGGGCUACACCGUCUGAAAACCCACAUGACCCUCUGAGAUGGAACUUGCUUGUUCAAGGGUGUCCAUUUGCUGGUGACGACCAGGGAACAGUUGUGCUGCCGGUCUCCAGUAAGGAAAUACCCAACCCAUCCCUUCAUAAAUGGUUUGUAGUUAAGAUGUUCUCUUUUGUGAAAUCUCCAACAUCUGAAAAUCAGAUAUACUUCCACUGUGAUAUAGAAAUCUGUAAAGGACCAAGGUGCAUGCAAACCUGCAGCAAUGAAAAGCCUAAACUACAAAGGAUCCUACCAGAGAUGAGUCAAAACAUUUUAUCCAGCACAGUUUCAAAAGGACCUCUCCUGUAUUUGCUGUAAUAAUAAAAGUCAGUAGUAUGUAAAUAGUAGAAGUUGUAUAA